AUGAGAUUCCAUUUGGGAAGGUCUAGUGAAGACUUAAGUAAGAAGGGAACUUCUAGUCCCAAGGAUUUACCUCCUUCAUAUGAUAGAUCAGUAACUGGGACUCCUGAGCUUAGUCCUGUGACCUCAAGUACCAAUUUGAGUGCUGCUGCCAUGGAAAGAGGGAGAGGUAAACGGAAAGACAACAAUAAUAAUAGCAAUGUCCCAUUCUUUAGUUCCCAACAUGAUAACAAAAGCGAUAGUUUAGAUAAGUUGAGAAGAGCUUUGGAUAACAGUAAUCCAAGCAUUGGUACAUUAUCACCCGUUGAACAUGUUUCUUCUACUUCUCCUUCUUCAAAUGUUCCUUAUGUCCCAUCCGUGGAAGAACAGAAACACAUUGAUAAGUUGGAAGGUAACUCCUUACAGGCUAUGACAUCUCAUACUCAAACUGAGUUCUUUGAUGUUUUACCAUCGUUCCAAAUGUUUCAAGCUAUCAUGAAACGAGACGAUAACCAGUUCAACGAAGACUUGAACGUCAACCCUCCAGUGUACACCAAUGAAGACACGAGCCCCAGACAUUCCAUUGCAGGACUCAGCUCUCAUGAGACUAUCAAUCAAGUUACUCACAGAUUAAGAGAAUAUGACAUUCAAGACAUGGCCAAUACCCUGGAAGUUGACGAUGAUUUCUUUCACCCCAGCGAUGGUGGCAGUAACUCUGGAUCUAACACCACGGGAACUCCAACCGGCGCGGCCGCAACAACCCCUCGUCGGGAGCACAAUGCAUCCACAAGAACAGAAAACUAUGGUCAUUCUGUUUUGGAUACCAUUGACAGAUUGCCCGUAGUGAAGUAUAGUCCUCUUGACAUCAGCAUCUUUGUUACCAAAUCUAUUCCCCAUCCAAAUGUGACUAAUGAAUUGGAAACCAGAUUAAAGGAAUAUACUUCUGGCGAUUAUGUUAAUGGAUAUAUUGUGAUUACUAACACCUCUGAUAGUCCAGUUGAUUUUGGCUUGUUCACAGUGACUCUCGAGGGGACCAUUAAGGCUACAGAGAAGAACCCAAAUACUGAAAGCCAUUUGGACCCUCAUCGGUACUCUAAGAUUUUGAUGAAGAAGUUCUUGAAAAUGUAUGACUUGAAUGCUUCAUAUGGUUAUGUGCAAGUUCCCAGUAGCGCUGGGAUUGAGUAUGAAUAUUGUGAUGUGGAUGCCAGUGAUGGCUCCAUUUUAGGAAUCCCUACGAACAGAGUGCUUCAACCUCAUACAAAGUAUAAGAAGUUUUUCACUUUUAAGUUCCCCAACAAGCUUCUAGAUAAUGUUUGCAUGCAUUCGAUAUUACCCCAUAUCUUACCGCCUCCUUCGUUGGGGUUUGAUGCCACAAGUUUCAAUAAUCAAGGUGAGGGUAUUGAAUUGAGUCGUGCUUUAGGCUAUGGGUUCUUAUCUAUACGAGGGACGCCAUUGCUUACCAAGGAUUAUUCUAUUGAGAAUGUAAGUGUUAGUUACACAAUUGAGGCUAAGUUCAUUGAUAAAAAGAUCAAGAAGGAUCAUUUAAAGGAAACCUUUCAAGAACACGACAUUAAUGAAUCGAAUUAUGUUAUUGCAUCAAGUUCUCAGUAUUUCCUAAGAUUCAUUCCCGAUUUGGGUGAGCUGUUGCGUUACUAUAAUCAAGGGUAUAUGUUUGGUAAGGAGACAUUUGGGACCAUUGGAAUUGACGGGAAAUUAUUUGAAAGCUUCCUUUAUUUAAGUACUUGGAGAGGAAUCAAUGGAUUGUUUUUCGAAGUGGAAAAGGAGAUUGAUACAAUUUUACAAAAGGCAAUAAGCACUGACAAUGACAUAAAAGUCAAGAAUUUAAGGGUCCAUGAUAUUAUUGGCAAUAAUGAUAAUAGAGAAAAUACGUUCUUGAAUCCACAAGAUUAUGAUUCCAACAUUAAGAAUCGGAUCAAUAAUGAAUUGCAUAGGAAUUCAGAUGAAGAAACCAUGUACAGACAAGAAAGAAUGCUAGGGACGGUUAUAGCUGCUCCGAUUUAUAAAAAGAAGGGUACAUUAUUCUCCAGCAGUAAUAAACAACUUGGUCAACUGAAAGUUUAUGCUCGGAUCCCAGAUAAAGUGAUUCCCUAUACUUCUCCUAAGUUAUUGAAGAAAUAUAAUAAUGGAUCUAUUGAGAACUUCUCUAGUGGUUCAGCUACACCUACCAAUGGAUUGAAACCCAUGUCAUCUCAUAACUCGAUUCAUUUAACUCCUGUUACGUCUAAUGGGAGCAUCAGACCAAUAACACUGGGGAGUGAGGAUUUGAGACCCAUCACUUCAACAUCUUCACAUAUCACUGAUCUUUAUAAUCGUGAUGAACAUGAUCUAAUCCACACAUUAGACAUUGAUGUUUUAUUUUAUUCAAAUGACAAUUCAACAAGACCUCCACCAAUUGUUGGAGUAGAUGUUAACGUUGUGUUGUGGACUUUUAGUUCCGAAUAUCCAUUCCCUGUUGAACUUGGACAUGAUUUCUUUUAUUCUGAUCCAAUCAAUGGGAAAUUUCAUGAUGAUGAUGUUGCUAUCACAAGAGAAAACAUGCAGACUAUCAAGGACAAAGCCACGUCGUUCAUGCUGUUUGUGGAAGCCAAUAACAUUGAGAUCUCCAAAACGGCAGAAUUAAACUUGAGAGCUUUUAAAACGUUGGGGAUUAAGAAGGAUACUAUUCAAGACUUUUUCAAACCAUUAACGGCCGCUUCAAAUCCUAAAUUAUUCAGUGAUACUUGGCAACCAGCCCAACAACUGGCUUCAAAUCAAAUGAAAUGGGUGAAAAGUAUGUCUAUCCCAUUGCAUUGUAUCAACAAAAAUAAUGUUACUUUAAUACCCAGUUAUCAGAGUUGUUUGGUAGGACGUCUAUACUGUUUACAGGUUAGUGUUAAGUACAAAGGAGCUGAAACUCAUCAUUCUAUGAAUACUGUUCAUGUUGAUGUGCCAAUUAUUGUGGGAUGA